GCGUACUGGUCAGCGUCAAAGCGAAACAUGUAGCAGGGUCAGAAGCAGAGCAGCAGUGGAUUAGAGUUAUGGAUCCUUCAGAUGCGAGGCGUGAAUGGCGACCGGCAAGACGCGGGUGAUUGUGUUUUUUUUGUUACAGCAGCCUAAUUCAGGUGCCCAUCUUCUCUUCAGCGCGGAUGUUUCAUCCUUUCCCUCAGGCGUCAAAGCCCCCCUGUCACAGCGCUAUAGCCAGUCAGCUGGCUCAACAUUUCGCCCCCAAUCUUAUUCAACGGUGCUGAACGAAGGCAACUCACCCUCCUCAUCGAUUCAACCGGCCGAUAGUCUCAGUCCCACGCUCAAGUCCCUGCCCAUCCGCCAGCGUGAGACAGCACUCGACUUACAAAAAAUGGCAAUGCGGGGCAUCGAUCACGAUAGCAUCGUACGGAAGAAGAGAAUGGAGCACCGGCUCGCCGCGCUCGAAGAGCCGCUAAACGCCUCCACGCAGUCUGCCAAGAACAUAGCCAACCGUGCAAGCGCUCCCUCUCAAGAGCCAGAAGAGAUUCAAAUCAAGUUCAGAGUGUCACCGUGGCUCAAGUUGGGGCAGGCAGGUUGGGACCUCUAGAGAACAGAGUACCGGAAACAGAGGGAUCAGGUGCGAGUCUCUUUCUGGACAGAGGCUGCUGUGAAUUAUGGGGAUGAAAUACAUUGAGGAAAUGCGACGAGAUGCGUGUGACCACUAUUUAUGCGAUGCGAGACAGGUGUCACACACA